AUGGCUGCUUCCCGAUUACCCCCAGCGACGCUAACGCUGAAGCAGUUCAUGAGAAGGCAACAAGUUCUUCUCCUCUAUAGAAGAAUUUUGCAAGCAAUUCGGAAAGUUCCAAAUGAUUCUGAUCGCAGAUACUUAAGGGAUUGGGCAAAGGAAGAAUUCAAAAGGAACAAAAAUGCCACUGAGGAGGAUAUGAUCCGGAUGAUGAUAACUCAAGGCAAUCUGCAGCUCAAGGAGUUAGAAAAAACACUUGCUUUAGCAAAAUCCUAGCUAUUGCAUUAUUUUUUGUUUUGGGCAGCCCCAAGUUAAAGUCAGACUGUUUCUAUGCAAUAUACUUGGGCAAAAUACCAGAAGAUGAAGCUUAUCAACUCACAGAGAGCAAAGGAAA